GCGUUUCCUUGGAGUAAAGUAGAGUCGUGUUUUGAAAGAAUUAGGUAUAAAGCAGCGAAAGAGUUUGUGCCCAAAUCAAGAAAAAUGGGCAAGGAUAGACCCGCAAACGAAAACGCAGGCAAACGGCGCGCCCACCAUAAAUCCGAUUCGGAAUCCGAGCCCGACCCGGACUCUGACUCCGAUCACGAUUCCGACGGCACCAGGAAACGGAGCAAGCGCCACAGUAGAACCCGGAGCUCCAGCUCCAAGAGAAGGCGCUCCAGGGAUUCCGAUUCCUAUACCUCUUCGUCGCACUCCGAUGAAGACUCUUACGAUUCCGAGUCGGACGAAGAGGAGAGGAGGCGCCACAGGAGGGAGAGGAGGAGGAGAGAGGAGAAGAAGGAGAGGCGGAUGAGAGAGAAGGAGAAGGAGAGGAAGAGGAAGAGGAGGGAAGAGAAGAAGCGGAAGGAGAAGAAGAAAAAGAAGGAGAAAGACAAGGGGCAGAAAGGCGCCGUCACUAAUUCCUGGGGGAAGUAUGGGAUUAUUAGAGAGACUGAUAUGUGGAAUAAGCGACCUGAGUUUACUGCAUGGUUAGCAGAAGUGAAAAAGGUCAACCUGGAAAGUCUAGCCAAUUGGGAAGAGAAGCAGCUCUUCAAAGACUUCAUGGAAGAUCAUAACACAGCAACCUUCCCAUCUAAAAAGUAUUAUAACCUCGAUGCUUAUUACAAACAUAAAAUAGAAAAGGAAGUCAAAAAGGGAUUUGCUAAAGUGCAGGAGUCCGAACGUACUGUAUUCAAUGAUGAAGAACAGCGCAGGCUAGAACUGCAGAAAGAGCGUGAAAGACAAAAAGAGGAACAGGUGCAAGCAUUACAGCAGUCGAUGCAGUCUGGAAUGGCUCAAGCAAUGAAAGAGCAAGCCCAACUCAGGGAAGAGAUGGCUUAUCAAUAUAAGCUUGGCAACUUUGAGGCGGCAGCUGCUAUUCAAAGAAGGUUGGAUCCCGAUGUUGCUACCUGAGGAACUAUUUGAUGCUUCUUGGAUCUCUUUUGAUGCGUUUAUACUACCCAAAAAGUAGAGCGAAGCGGUUUUUAGGAGUAAGAUCUGAGACGUUGGGACAGAUGCUGAUGCUUCAGUUUGCGUCUGAAGAAUAUGAUCUUUCUUGUUUACGUUAGGUUUCUGUAUCACAGGUGCCUUCUUUCAUAUUCAUCUUCCAAAUUUUGGGAUGUAGUAGCUGUAGAUUCCGUAGAAUUUGUGCCUGAAACUGAUGAUAGAGGAUAUGUUUAAUACAUAUAUGGUGUGAGACCACUUUGUUAAAUAUUUUUAGUCGCUGGAGAAAGUUACAGAUAUUGAAGCUGCUAGCCAUAUAAAUGAACGAAUUCUUUUUUUUCA